UCGAGCUUUGCUUCACUGGCAGUGAAUAGUGCAGUGAACAGGGUGACCACCUUGACCUUUGUUUUAUAAUCUGAUACCCCAAAGAAUAAACGAUCUAAUGGAUAGCGGCUACAACAACUACAACAGCAGCUACGGCGGCGGUGGCGGUGGCGGCGGUGGUGGUGGUGGUGGCUUUAUGCCCGGCGAGAUGAACAACAGUCCCUCUGGAGGAAAGAGCGACUACAACAACGCCACCCUCCGCCCCAUAACCAUCAAACAAGCCCUCGACGCCUCCCAACCCUACCCCGAAGCCGGCUACCAAAUCGACUCCGCCGAAGCCGCCAGCGUCUGCUUCAUCGGCCAAGUCCGCAACAUCAGCUCGCAGUCCACAAACGUCACCUACAACGUGGACGAUGGCACCGGCGUGAUCGAAGUGAAGCAAUGGAUUGACUCGGCCAGCGCCGGCGGCGACACGAUGGACACGGACGGACAAGCCAAGCCCGGCGGCGGCGGCACGACAGCAAAGAAUCAGGUGCAGGUGGACGGUUACGUCAAGGUGUUUGGGAAGCUCAAGACGUUUGGGAAUAAGCGGUUCGUGGGCGCCCAUUGCGUACGGCCGGUCCAGAAUAUCAAUGAGGUGCAUGUGCAUUUGCUGGAGGCGGCGGCGGUGCAUUUGUUUUUUACGCGGGGGCCGGUGGGGGAGAAGUCUGCGGGUGGUGCUGGGGCUGGGGCUGGGGCUGGGGCUGGGGCUGGGGAUGCGUCGAUGGGUGGGGUGGAUGAUUAUGCUGGGGGCCGGGCAUUGCCGGCCAUGAGUCCUGUCGCUAGACGGGUGUACAAUCUGUUGAGGACGGAGCCGCAAAGUAAUGAGGGGUUGCACGCGCAGUUGAUCGCCGCAAAGUUGAGUCUGCCUAUGCCGGACGUGGCUCGGGCGGGCGAUGAGCUGUUGACAGCCGGGGUCAUCUUUUCCACGGUCGAUGAGCAGACGUGGGCCAUUCUGGAGUAUUAGGCUUGAUCUCAUCUCAUCUUCUUUACGGCAAUUGCGCGCUUUCUCUUGAUGACAAUAUGAAAUGGCUAUCGAUGGAUGAUUCUUUCUUCUGUGAUUGGCUUGGCUGUUGCCGGACAUGACAUAUACUGUACUGCACACAAACCCACUGGCUGGAUUUGAGGCGGUGAUACAAAACCGACAAGAGAGUUUAGUUUGGUAUGGCACAGCGGGACAUCACUCGAAGAAUCUACACAACUUCUCGGUUCGCUUGCUGGGUUAUGAUC